UCCAUACUUCCCGUUUGAAUACCCGAAAUUAACAUCGAUUAUUCCGAAUCGUGGCUCUGUUGCCAUUUCCAAUCCAAUUGCUUAUGAUAAUCCCCCGACCCGGGCUGUCCAAUUAGCGCAGACCCACUGAUAACAUUUGCUUGGACAUGUCCACAAGCCCAUUCCCCGGCUGGUCGCCUGGCAACCGGGCUAUGACCACAACUCCGGCUCGAUGGACACAUACCAAUGGAAAAUAUUAUCCAACAGACAGGAUACGGUUGUCGCUCUUGAAGGAUAUGAAGAAGUUCCGCGCCAAGGCGAGCUCCCUGCCCAUUUUCAACGGUCGGAUUACGGACGCCACCACUCUGACCACCAGCUCACUGCAGUUGCCACUGGGACAGGUGCCGGCGAGGAAGAAAACCCACUGCUGUCGGGUCCUUCCUACAGUCUUUACCAUUACCGACGGUACUACCGGAGCGGCCAAUACGUCUCUAGCGGAGGCCAUGUCGAGUAGCAAAGCUCAAGGGCCAGCAGCCAGACAGGACCAACUCCUGCAGCUCAGCGUUCCCCGGGAAGCGGCGGCAGCAUCAUUGGUAAUAGCAGGUCCAGAACUGGCCAACUAUGAGAAGGUGCGGGUUGUGGGACAGGGCUCCUUCGGCAUCGCUAUCCUGUACCGACGUAAGUCCGAUGGACAUCAGAUCGUCUUCAAGCAGAUCAAUUUGAGUGAAUUGACCCCUCCGGGUCGGGAUCUGGCCAUGAACGAGGUGGAUGUAUUUUCGAAGCUCCAUCAUCCUAACAUAGUCAGCUACCUGGGUAGCUUUAUCAAAGACAACACGCUGCUCAUAGAGAUGGAGUACGCGGAUGGAGGAACGCUGGCCCACAUCAUUGCCGAGCGUCAGGGAAAGCUGCACUUCCCGGAACGCUACAUAAUAGCGGUAUUCGAGCAAAUAUCCAGUGCCAUUAACUACAUGCACUCGGAGAAUAUCCUGCAUCGGGAUCUCAAGACAGCCAAUGUCUUCCUCAACCGACGAGGAAUCGUUAAGAUAGGCGAUUUUGGCAUUUCGAAGAUAAUGAAUACCAAGAUUCAUGCCCAGACGGUGUUGGGCACACCCUAUUAUUUCAGUCCCGAGAUGUGCGAGGGAAAGGAGUACGACAACAAAAGCGAUAUAUGGGCUCUGGGUUGCAUCCUUGGCGAGAUGUGCUGCCUGAAGAAGACCUUUGCCGCCUCCAAUCUCUCCGAGCUGGUCACCAAGAUCAUGGCAGGAAACUACACGCCAGUUCCCUCGGGUUAUACAUCAGGAUUGCAAAGUCUCAUGUCCAAUCUGCUGCAGGUGGAGGCUGCCCGGCGACCCACUGCUUCAGAGGUUCUGGUCUAUUGGAUUCCGUUGAUAUUCCGCAGCCUGGGAAAGAACAAGGGAUACUCCUAUGAGGAGGACGUGGGUGCUCCUAGUGGCCAACACUUGGCGGCUGUUGUCCCCGCCGCCGGUCACAGCAACGUGACCAUGGAACUGGAGCUGCCCACCGCUCAGACAGAGACCAAACAGUUAAUGAGCGCAGAAACGGCGGCCCCACAUGAAAUCCUGGAGAAAAGAUCCGUACUCUACCAGCUGAAGGCCUUCGGCACCUGCUUUAGCAUGGCUCCAAUCCAACUGCCGCCCAAGGCCGUCAUCGUAAGCGUAGCCAUGUCAGACUCCCAUUUCGUGGUGGUGAACGAGGACGGAUCGGCAUACGCUUGGGGUGAGGGUACCCAUGGUCAGCUGGGACUUACCGCACUGGAGGCCUGGAAGCACUAUCCCAGCCGCAUGGAGAGCGUGCGCAACUAUCAUGUGGUGGGCGCCUGUGCAGGCGACGGUUUCACCAUCCUGGUAACUCAGGCGGGAAGCCUCCUAAGCUGUGGAAGCAACGCCAAUCUGGCUCUGGGCCAGGACGAGCAGCGCAAUUACCAUACGCCCAAGUUGGUAGCCCGAUUAGCGGACGUCCGGGUGGAGCAAGUGGCAGCCGGACUGCAUCAUGUCCUAGCGCUGAGCCGAGAGGGAGCGGUCUAUGUGUGGGGCACCAGUACCUGUGGAGCUCUAGGGCUGGGUAACUACCAGCAUCAGCAGAAAUUUCCACAGAAGAUUCUGUUGUCACAUGUGAAGACUAAACCCACAAAGGUUUACUGUGGUCCUGAUGCCUCUGCCGUGCUGUUUGCCAACGGGGAGCUCCAUGUCUGCGGCAGCAAUGAUUACAAUAAGCUGGGUUUCCAGAGAUCCGGAAAGAUCACUGCUUUUAAAAAAGUCCAACUGCCACACAAGGUGCUCCAGGCCUGCUUCUCGUCCACUCACUCGGUGUUCCUCGUAGAAGGAGGCUAUGUUUACACUGUGGGUCGAAAUGCUGAGGGACAGCGUGGCUUACGACAUUGCAAUUCGGUGGAUCAUCCCACCCUGGUAGAUGCUAUCAGGGCUCGCUAUAUUGCGACGGCCAACUGCAGCGACCAGUGUACUAUAGUGGCAUCCGAGGAUAACAUCAUCACUGUUUGGGGCACUCGGAACGGCCUGCCAGGUCUUGGUUCCAGCAGCAGUGGUUUGAGUAUGGAGAUGUGCACGCCCAACACGGAGCUUGAACUGGGCAAUAACACGGCGGCGUUCACAAACUUUUUGGCAUCGGUUUACAAGUCCGAGUUGAUACUGGAACCGGUGGAUAUAUUGGCGCUAUUCUCCUCCAAGGAGCAGUGCGAUCGUGGCUAUUACGUUCAGGUUCACGAUGUCUACCCCUUGGCUCACAGCGUCCUGGUUUUAGUGGACACAACCACACCACUCAUUUCCUCAUACGAGGGUGACUAUCCACAAAUGUAG